AUGGCCAAUUUGCAAAUCGGCAACAUGCAGGGAUUGCCAACCGAGCUUACCUCAUUCCUGACAACAUUGCAGGCACAAAUCAUGAAUGUGCAAAACAGAACCGACCAGUUGGAGCGACUUGCAGCAGAGAAUGCAAGACUAACUACUGAAUUAGAUCAUGCUAGAACAACAAUUGCUAAUCUGCAGAAGCAAUUAGGAUCUCAGAGUGCACCUGAAAAAAACUUUUCAGAAAUUUCACUUUCGAACCCAGCCGGCGCAGUAGGUGCUCCUGACAAAAACAAAGAACCAGGUCUGGAAGCCUCCACUUGGGCUACUAAAGCCAGUGUUUCUCUUCCUGUAACUGCCCCAAAAAUGUCUACUGUUCCCUCUGCUCGCCGUAUUGCAGCUUCUGUUCGUAUGUUUGCUCUUCCCUCUGGUCCUUCAGGUUAUGAAUAUGUUUAUAUUCCAAGAUCAAGACGCCUUAAGCACAAAGAAGUCCGUUCCUCUCUCCGCACUCUUGGUGUGGAUUCUUCUCAACUUUUGGACAUUAACUUCCCAGCCAGAGGUGUCAUUGGCAUCCUUGUUCAUGUCCAGUAUGCUGAUACAUUUAAGGCCAAACUGACAACUGCUUCUGUUGAGAUUUUGGACGCAUUUGAUCCACUUGAUCCUGAUAAUGUUGCUGAUCCCAAGUAUGCAUCUCUGUCCACUCAUGAACUUGCCAACACUGCUGCCAUGCUUCACCAUGAUAGAUAUCUCCAAGCCCUACAGUUCUUGCGCCCACACGUUGCUAUCCCAGUUGGUCACUUCUUUUGUGAGGAAGGGUGGAUCAGUGAAGAUGAAAUACCAACACGUACUACUCUUACCAAUGCUACUGGCGGGUCUUUGUUCAAACGUCAGCGCAGCUCAUCAGUCACUAUGUCUGAAUGA